UAUGGAAAUUACAGAAGACCAAUUAAUUCAAGAAGCACUCAAAGCUAAAGAAAGAGCCUAUUGUCCAUAUUCAAAUUUUAAAGUAGGAUGCUCUUUGUUGACUAAAAAUAACAAAAUAUAUACAGGAUGUAAUGUUGAAAAUGCAAGUUAUGGUCUUUGUAUAUGUGCUGAACGUGUAGCAAUAUGCAAAGCCGUAAGUGAAGGAGAUCGUUAAAUUUCAACAAUUGUAGUUUCAUGGUAUAUCUUCAAAUUAAAAUUUUAGUGAUACUGAUGAUCCUACAUUCUCUUGUGGUAUGUGUAGAUAAACAAUAAUUGAAGUAAUAACUUCAAUCUAAUAAUAUAGUUUUGUUAUCCUGGGAAUGAUAUUAAAAUAAUUGCUAUUGGAAAGGAUCAUACUAAACCAAAAUAUUCAAAGGGCACUGAAAUUUUACCGUUUGCAUUUGUUCCUAAAGAUCUCAAUGUAGAUUCUAAAUUGGAACAAAUAAAAUGAC